UGAUGCAUCUAAUUUUGUCCUUUUGGUGCGCCAUCUUAGUCGGUGUUACUAAACCACCCCUUCCCAAAGUACGGUGUUUUUAAGCUAAUGUGUUGACUUUAAGGGGGUCUUUAGACCCUCGGGAUUAAUUUAUUUCUAACCACAGAAGGAGAUAUGGCUACCAAGUCGGGGCAGAGCGUAAUGGAUCGUGUAACGGCGGCCAAACACACCAUUGCUGGACAAGGUUUGGCCAAAACGGUUUGCAAAGCAACGACCGAAGAAUUGAUGGGACCAAAGCGAAAGCAUUUGGAUUACCUACUGCUAUGCACAAACGAGCCGAAUGUGUCGAUCCCGCAGCUUGCGGACCUUCUGAUCGAGCGCACACAGCAGUCGAGUUGGGUGAUAGUGUUCAAGUCCCUCAUCACCAUCCACAACCUCAUGAACUAUGGAAACGAGAGAUUCACGCAGUACCUGGCCUCCAACAACUGUUCAUUCAACCUAGGAAACUUUGUGGACAAGCAAGGAGUGCAAGGCUAUGACAUGUCAACAUUUAUUCGCCGCUAUGCCAAAUACCUAAACGAGAAGGCCAUUUCAUAUAGACAGAUGGCUUAUGACUUCUGCAAGGUGAAACGUGGCAAGGACGAUGGACUACUGAGAACUAUGAACACAGAAAAGUUACUCAAAGCAUUGCCUGCUCUACAGCAACAAAUAGACAGUCUACUAGAUUUUGACUGUACAGCAAAUGAACUUACAAAUGGCGUAAUCAACGCCUGUUUCAUGCUGCUCUUCAAAGAUCUUAUACGUCUCUUUGCCUGUUAUAAUGAUGGCACAAUUAAUUUAUUAGAAAAAUAUUUUGACAUGAACAAGAAGCAAUGUAAAGAAGCAUUAGACCUAUACAAGAAGUUCCUGGUACGCAUGGACAAAGUGUCUGAGUUCCUGAGAGUAGCCGAGGUAACGAAUGCUGUUGGUAUUGACAAGGGGGAUAUUCCAGACUUAGCAAAGGGUUUAGUGGGAAAGGCUGAAGAUGCCCCGGCCAGCCUGCUAGACGCUCUGGAGGAGCAUUUGAAGUCCCUCGAGGGAAAGAAGGGGACAGCAACAGUGGCCCCACCACCCAAACCAGCUGGUUUCUCCACUGCCGUGAACACUAUGUCGAAUAACAGCACGAUAAACGUGUCGGAGGAAGAGCGCAAGAAGAUUCUAGAGGAGGAAAGUAAACAUUUACAGCAACUCAAGAAGGACACGGCACCCUCUGUGGAGCAAAAGAGUCGUGAUGGUGUUGUUGGGGCACCUGUGACCCAGGCGCCUCCUGCUGUGUCAAAUAACCCGUUUGCAUCGCCCCUGCCAGCGGCUCAGACUGCAUCUCCAUCAAAGCCCAGUGACGACCUGUUGAACUUGGAUGGUAGUGUGUCUGAGAACCCAUUUGUUCAGAAUGUGAAGAGUGUAAUGCAGAUGACAUCAAGCAUGAAUGCCUUUGGGGCACCGUCAUGGGGCCAGCCCGCCAUGGCUCCUUAUGGAAACAAUUCCAACUUUGCCGCAUUUUCCAAUGGCACACCUGGAUCUACCAUGGCCGGUCUGGACCUCGCCACCAACUCAACUAGCGCUAUUAACCCAAUGCUGUCCUCGCCGCAGUCAGGUUUCGAUGCAUUCGGAGAGAUUCUGCAACCUCAGGGCAAGCAGACGUCGGUGCCCGUAUCUUCUAGUCAGCCCCAGAUCGGGGCCAAAGACCUCGACUCCAGUCUGGCCAUGCUCGCAGGCAACAUCAGCAUGAAUGGGGCAAACUCUGUGAAAAAGGCCCAGCACCAGUGGCAGCCUAAGGGGGAGCAGAAGAAGACGGGUGGUAACAACUGGGCCCCCACCCAGUACCCCCAGGCAAGCACCUGGUCAACGCCCCAGCCAACCUUCCAGCCAGCUAUGCCCAUGAUGGGAGGCUACCCACAGCCAGGAAUGCAGCCUAUGAUGCAGCCAGGCAUGGUGCCAAUGGCCGGUGUUCCCAUGAUGGCCCCAGGGAUGAUGGGGGGCGUUCCUAUGGCACCUAUGAGUAUGGGGCAGCCCAUGUAUGGGGGCAUGGUGCGGCCGGGUAUGUCUCCCAUGGUCAUGGGAAUGGGCCAGCCUCGCCCAGCUGCCCCUCAUUCACAACCCAACGAUCCGUUUGGCGCUUUGUGAGACCAGCCUGCUGGCAUACUUGUGUAAAACUGUGUGAUAUCAUUGAAUUAAAUGCUGCGUGAAUGCUGGGAGUAUCUUGACUUGCUACUAUGAAACCAAUUAUUACACAAAAUAGAAGAAGAAAGCCAUUAACAAGAAGUGGUACUGAUUGGUUUACAUCUCGCUGAGAAAAGAUGCUUGAAAACAACUUUCAAAUUAUUGUUACAUUGAAAAGAUUGCAAUCUUUGUCUUAUCAAAUACUGCUGUGAUGUGUUUGUUACCAUGGUAACAUAUAAAAACCUAUUCUAAACAACCUGUGCAAUGAUCAUCUAAAUGAAGCUGAUGAAAUAGGAAUGCAACAUGGUUGAUUUAUUAUUAUCAGGAGUCAAGAGAGAUUAAAUCUUGCAUGUUUAUAUAUAUUUGUGAAAGGCAAAAGAGAUUGAAGGCGUUAUAAUUGUUUGUCAUUUUUCAUCAUCAUGGUGAUAUUAAUCAGUGUACAUUUUAACUAGCACAACACCUUAAGUACUAUGUAUUGUAUAGCUUUGGUGAUUUUCUUCACUUCAUGAAAUAAUUAUUUUAAUAGUGUAACUGUACAUGACUUUGGGUAAAGGUACAAUAUAUUAGGGUUUUGAUCAAUAUUGUUAGCUCACAACAUUUGUUGUGAAGCUGUUCUAGAAUAAAGUGUCAGUGAAACCAUUAAUAUCAUUAGUUAAUACUAUUUUUUAAUCUGAACAAAUUAUAACAAUUAAUAGUUAUUAUAUAUUAUCAAAUUUGGGAAAUUAAAAAAAACUUUUAGGUAAGUCAUCAAGUAAGUUCUUAGCGUAUGUGCAUUGUUUGGGGGACUUUUUGGCUCUAUAGUCAGAUUUCGAUGAGAAUUAAUUGUACAUUAAACAUUAUUUGAACCAUGAGGUAUUUAUUUAAUUUGUGUAAAAAUAUUCUGCUUUACAGCAAUUUGUUACAAUAAUACAUGUCCUAUGAAUUGUCUAGGUUUAGUUGUCCAAGUGCUGUUAUAUUUUGUUUAGAACAUAGUCACAUAGUUGUUGAGGUAUCAUGUUAUUUUGUCCUUUAAUAGCCAAACGAAUCUAUCAGUGUAUGUGCAAACAGGCUGAUACGGUCUUCUGGUUUUUAAUGGAUGAAAUGUUGUCCAUAGUUUAACUACAUUCCAUGAUAAAAAUAAACAUGAAGUAUGUUUUUGCACUCUGCAUUUGUCAUCUUUUUAAAUGGUAAUUCUAUGUGUAUACUACUUUAAUAGGUUAAGGUCUAUAUAGUGGUGAAAUAUGUUUUCUGAAUGUGUGGUGUUUGCAUUCUUAUUAUACGCCCGUAUAAAUACGGGACGUAUUAUGUGAAACCCCUUGGCGGGCGGCGGGCGGAAGGCAUCACUUUGUCCGGACUCUAAUUCAAAUUGUAUUCAUCCGAUCUUCACCAAACUUGGUCAGCAGUUGCAUCUAGUUGAUAUCUAGGCCAAGUUCGAAUAUGGGUCAUGCCGGGUCAAAAACUAGGUCAUAGGGUCAAUAAGUGCAUUUUCAAAGGGGCCACUUUGUCCGGACUCUAUUUCAAAUUGUAUUCAUCCGAUCUUCACCAAACUUGGUCAGCAGUUGCAUCUAGUUGAUAUAUAGGCCAAGUUCGAAUAUGGGUCAUGCCGGGUCAAAAACUAGGUCAUAGGGUCAAUUAGUGCAUUUUCAACGGCGCCACUUUGUCCGGACUCUAAUUCAAAUUGUAUUCAUCCGAUCUUCACCAAACUUGGUCAGAAGUUGUAUCUAGACAAUAUCUAGGUCAAGUUCGAAUAUGGGUCAUGCUGGGUCAAAAACUAGGUCACAGGGUCACUUAGUGCAUUUCAAGCAUUUAGCAUGGUGUCCACUCUCUAAUUGAAGUAGUUUUCAUCCAAUCUUCACCAAACUUGGUCAGAAGUUGUAUCUAGACAGUAUUUAGGUCAAGUUGGAAUAUGGGUCAUUCCAGGUCAAAAACUAGGUCACAGGGUCACUUAAACCAUUUCAAGCAUUUAGCAAGUGCUCUCUAAUUGAAGUAGUUUUCAUCCGAUCUUCACCAACUUUGGUCAGAAGUUGUGUCUAGACAAUAUCUACAUGUAGGUCAAGUUCAAAUAUGGGUCUUGCCAGGUUAAAAACUAGGUCACGAGGUCCCGUAGUGCAUUUCAAGCAUUUAGCAUGGUGUCUGCUCUCUAAUUGAAGUAGUUUUCAUCAGAUCUUCACCAACUUUGGUCAGAAGUUGUGUCUAGAUGAUAUGUAGGUCAAGUUCAAAUAUGGGUCAUGGUAAAGUUAUCAAGUUGUCCAAAGUCUUAAAACGGGCGUAUCUUGUGACAGUUUGGCACUCUUGUUCAUCUAAUUGUAUUCAGUUUUAAUAUCAAUUCUCCACCAUACAUGGUGCAAUUACUAAAAGGCAUUUGGCCAUUUGCCAAUAUUGAGUAUUUUUUUUAAUUGGAGGACAUUGUUUCAGCAAAAUGUUUCGCUUUUACAUAAGUAACUCUUAAUUUGUUGCAUUUCUUCUAUUCACAAGACUUCCUUGCAUGCAGAUGGUGUAAAGCAAGAAAUAAAUGAUGGAUUAAAGCAAGAAAUAAAUGUUAAGAAUAUAAUGUUUUUUACAUGAUGUCUUAUACACACAUUCUUUGUCUAGUACACAAAUCAAAGUUAAUGAUUUUCACACAUAAUUGUUCUAAUUGUUAUCAUAAAAUUACCUCAGCUUUGAAGUAAAAUUAUACAGGUAUAAUAGCUGUGUUGAUUUUGAUUAUUGUGUGAGAGAUUUGUCCACAUGGAAUGUUUCUAUCGUUAUGCCUUCAUGUUUAACAUUUUUGAAUCAAUUUAAGUACUGCAGCCUUGUCAUUCACAAUAAUUUCACUGUAUGUUGUUUUAUUGACAAGGAUAACAUCAUGCAAAAUAAUUGAAUACAGAAAUAAAACAUGACACAUUAUUCAUUUUAUGAUAUUUUAUUCACCAACAAUCAUAGUACAUGUCAAUUCAUUUCGGACUUAGUAUAUAAGUGCACCUAAUUCAUCUUUUUUUUCAUUGCAUGACAACAACAUACAUGAAGCUUAUGUGAAAUGAUAUACAAUUUUUAAGCUACUUUGGAUAUUGAACUUGUACUUAAAACAACGUGAAUAACUGCAGAUUCUGGAAAUAAAUUAAUAUAUUAAUUCUUGCAUGUGCUACUGACAAACUGUUAUGCUUGGACCCUGAUCUAAUACUACAUCUAAUACUGCUAUACAUUUUGAGAAAUUACGUUUAUUGUGAGGAAAAGAAGGUUAAUGUUUGCUGAAAUGUAAUAUUUUAGGUGACAAUAUACUGCACAUCCUUUCUGUUACCAUUUCUGUAUGUAAAUAACUCUUUCUCUGUUAAAUCUAUAAUAUGUAUAUAUUACAAAAGUUUUAUGUAUACACAGGUUUUCUAUGUCUUUAUUUUAAGUGUAUGCUGUUAUUUCUUGUCUGCAGUACUCAUUGUGUAUGUGGAUUGUAUAUUUUCAUCAUGCAAUAUAUAUAUAUAUGAGCAAACCUAUGGGAAAAUCGGUCUAUAUCGGUCUGCAUGUGGGUAAAGUGUCGUCCCUGAUUAGCAUGUGCUGUCCACACAGGCUUAUCAGGGACAACAUUUUCAGCCUACACUGGAUUUUCAUGAAGAGAUGUCUUCCUGUAAUCAAAAAUUUCCAUACAAUGGAAAGUGUCGUCCCUUAUUAGCCUUGCAAACUGAACAUGCUAAUCUGGAUUGACACUUAAAGCACAUGCUUUAUGUCCUGUUGUCCUAGAGCUUGGCUUGUGUAUAUUAUUAAAUUGCAAAAUUUUACAGAGAAAAUGCACAUCAGAUUUUGAACUUGAGUGUUGCAGUAUGCUUCUAUAGCACCUUUGUUAUGCCAUGUCUCAAGUUGCAUUAUACAAAAGCUAGCAGCUUUCAAAUAGGGACUCUUGAACUUCUACCUAAAUUCUUUCUAUUGGAUUUUGCUAGACAUGUUAUCUACAUUUGAUGAAAUAAUAUUUUGUAUACUUGGCUUUAUGUUAAUAUCCAUUUUCUUAGCAUUGUAAGUUUCAAGCAAAUGUUAGUUUGUCUUGGUGUUAUAUUAGUAAUUGGUCUGUAUAAUCAUAAUUACUUCAGAGCUAUGAACUCUAUAGUAACACAUUGUAGCAAAAUGAUUUAUUUAUUUAUUACUGCUAUAAAAAUAAUUGAUUGCAAACAUAACCCUUGUGAUCUAUUGUCCCCUACUGAUUCACCGGAGGGUAUUUAUGGUUGUGUGUCUGUCAGUCCGUCAGUCUGUGAGUCUGUCACACUUUUCUGGAUCCUGCGAUAACUUUCAAAGUUUUUCAUAUUAUUUCAUGAAACUUGAAACAUGGACAGAUGGCAAUAUGGACAUUAUGCCUGUCAUUUCAUUUUCUUCCUACGUCAAAAAUUCUGGUUGCUAUCGCAACAAAUAUUUUUUUAAAUUUCUGACAAUGGUGGAGCCGGUAGGGGACAUAUAUUGCUUGGCAAUAGUCUUGUUAAAUCAAAUUUAAACGUGACAUCUUACCAAAACAGAAAAUCUAACAGCAAGUUGAAAAUGUAUGGAACUUUUAUAAUUAUGUACGUUUACACAGAUGUUGUAUGUUGUACAAGAAAACAUCUGUGCGUUCUUUUUUCAGAUGGAAAACCACAGUUUUGUUAGGGCAGUUAAACAUAAAAUUGUUCAUGCCAAGGAAAAACAUGCAAUGCUAUAAUAUACUAUAAUUAUUAUCUCAUAAGCUAGUAUUCUCAUUCUUCCAUCAGACACUAUGUAAUGCCAUUUUGCUAUUCUAUAACAGUCAUUUACUUAGUAACUUUAUCACUGCAAGCUAUGCUUUUCUGUAUUCUCUGGUAACAGCAAAAAAUAUCAUACGUUUAUUAAUUGUUUGCAUCACAAAACUGUUUUAUUUUUUGAUGUCUUGAAUUACAUUUUGCAUGCGCAUCUUCUACACAAUGUUGUUGGGCCAUACAUGUGCAGUGUUAACUGUUAUUUGAACACUAUUCAGUUGUUACGGUCGUUAUUUAGCGCUAUACUCGUGUCACAAAAUGUUGUGUACCAUAGGAAUAUAAAUAAAAUGUACUGAAAAAUAA